AUGCAGGUGGAUUAUCCUUACUUGGGAAAGCUCUGUUCUUUGGUGAUCCCUUGCGCAUUAACGGCUCUAGACCACUGGUCCCCUGAAGUCAAGGGGCAGGGAAUGGUCAGCUUUAUUCAUCUUGCAAGAAAUGUCAAUGCCGCAGAAAUCAGUUGGUAUGAAGACGUAAUUCUUGAUGCUUGCUGCCAAAAUGUUGCUUCAAGUGAAGAGAUAUGGAAUCAUGUGGUUGAGAUGUCAGUACUUCUUGUGACUUUCACCCAACGAAGUAAUCCUCGUAGCUCAUGGUAUGAGAAGCUGCUCAACGAGAUGCUAAAUCACUUGGAAAGACAACCGCGGAAUAAGGAGCGUCGAGUUGUAUGGCUUAAAUACAUUGAACCAUUUUUAAAUGGCAUGGGUCUCAUAUUAGUAGCUCAUUUUAGACGUAUAUUUCCUCUCUUCUUCCGGUGGAUGCAUGCCGAUGAUGAUGAAACGGUGAUACUUGUUCUUGAAAGAAUCCAGACAAUUUUGAAGCUCACGUGGAUUAGGCAAUCCACAUACAUUGAGAGGUUGGUGGAUGAGCUAGUGAUCUUGUACAAAGAGUCUGCACUGAAAGUUUCUCGUGAAGAUAUCAGAGCAUUAUGCCUUAAUAUACUAACUUUAAUCCAGCAAUCCAAGGGUUCACAGUUUGAAGCGGUAUGGAAGAAGCAUAGCGAGGAUCCUGACGUGACUGAAUUUCGUGAACUGUUUUCCAGAAAGGUUACGGUAUCAUAG